CAAACAAAUACAUCCCUUUUGAGUUCACUUUGUGCUGCGGGCGUCUGCCAAAAUGUAUCUUCAAAUCCUAGCUCUGAUGACAAUUGCCUUUGCAGGUUGUCAUGGCAAUCCUACGGCGACCCCAAAACUUCCUACAUUUGGAGAUGUGUACCAUGCCAGGGGACAAGUGAAGCUACCAUACGCGGAGCUUGAUGAACCGUUUGAAAUGUUCUUUAAUGGUCCAAAAAACAUGGGAAGAAUUGAUUUCUACAAUGGUGUUGACAAGGUGUUCAGCCGAGGGGAUCAGAAACCGUAUGGUAUAACAUACAAGAUAACGCCUUCUGUGAGCGGGGAGGGCACUGAUGUCAAUCCGGCAUCUUGCUUUCAGGUCAACGGAACGAAAGACAACACUGUGAUGCCACAGAGCGUGCUCCCUGACCUCAAGGGGUUCAAGUACAUUGGGCAGAAAGUCAUCAAUGAUCAGAUGACCGAUGCAUGGCAGAUGGUCAAUUCACCGAUAAAACCCAAGACUAAUACGUACUCUUUCUAUGUGACAACUGCUAGUCCUGUUCGCCCAGUGAGAUAUGAGAUGUUUGGAGCAGACACCCUUUUGGGUUCUCACUAUGAUAAAUACUACAUUGACUACACAUUCUUUGAUGACAAGACAGCCUUCCCUGCAUCUACAUUUGACCCUCCAAAAGCUGGGGCGUGCACCGGUUUCCCUGGUCCCGGAGUAGAAAAACACAUCGCGGUCAACCCUUAUCGUGAACUAAUCAACCCAGAACUUGGUGAUCGUUAUCACCAGAUGUUUAACGAGUUCAAGACGAAACACGGCAAGGAAUACACAGACGAUGUCGAGCAUGCUAAGAGAAAGUUUCAUUUUGUGCAGAAUGUCAGGUUCAUCCAUGGGGUGAAUCGUCAGGGUCGAGGCUACACCCUAGGUGUCAAUCACCUCACUGACCAAUCAAAUGAUGAGCUUAGUAUGAUGAGAGGGCGUCUUACCUCCACUGGGUACAAUGGAGGGGCACCAUUCCCUCAUGAUCAAUUUAAGGGUACUGAUGCUCCAGCUAAUCUAGAUUGGCGUCUUAGGGGAGCUGUUUCCCAAGUGAAGGACCAAGCUAUCUGUGGGUCAUGUUGGAGCUUUGGGUCAACUGAGGUCAUCGAAGGGGCAUACUUUGUGAAGAACAAUAAGAUGGUGCGUUUCUCGCAGCAGAAUUUGAUGGAUUGUUCCUGGGGUUUUGGGAACAAUGGAUGCGAUGGUGGUGAGGAAUGGAGGUCUUAUUCAUGGAUCAUGAAGAAUAAAGGUCUUAUGUCCGAAAAGGACUAUGGUGCUUACUUAGGACAGAAUGGUAUCUGCCACUACAAUGCCUCCAAAGCUGCUGUGAAGAUUUCCAGCUAUGUGAAUGUAACCAGUGGUGUCUUAAAGGAUCUUAAGACAGCACUGGUGAAUAUUGGACCAGUAGCUGUCGGCAUCGAUGCCCAUCUGAAGACGUUUUCAUUCUAUGCCUCUGGUGUUUUCUAUGAUGAGAAUUGCGGCAACAAGGCGGAAGAUCUUGACCAUGCUGUGCUGGCCGUCGGUUACGGCACAAUGAAAGUAGGCAACGCAACCCAAGAUUAUUGGAUCAUCAAGAACUCUUGGUCUACGUACUGGGGAAAUAACGGCUACGUUCUCAUCAGCCAAAAGGACAACAACUGCGGUGUAGCUACUGGCGCUACGUAUGUUGAGCUUGCGUAGUGAGUUGAUUUUUUUCCAGCCCAGUCUCAACUUUAUAUAAAUGCCAACAAAACCAUGACGUGUUAUCAGAAAUUCAUGUUGAGGGCAGGGUUAAACUUUUGGUAAUUGUCAAAGACUAGUAUUCUUACAUUGGCUCUAGUAAUGCAAAGGUCGUGGGUUUGAAUCCCGCCUGGGUAAUUUACCUGUGGAUUUGUUUUUCACAGAACUCUGGAAAGUACGAAGUAAACAGUACCUUAUACAUAUGGUGUAAGGGUACAAAUGUAUCAUAACACUUAUUGUAUCCCAGCAUAUGCAUGAAAUGUAUCAUAACACUUAUUGUAUCCCAGCAUAUGCAUGAAAUAACAAACUUGUGAAAACUUGAGCCCAAUUGGUCAUUGAAAUUGCAAGAAAAUA